UAGAGAAGGAACUUGGUGGAAAACAAGAGCAGAAGCAGAAAAUGGAGAUUCCUUUGCUCACACCCAGUAAAAUGGGUAACUUUCAACUUUCUCACAGAGUUGUGUUGGCGCCUUUAACAAGGCAGAGAUCAUAUGGCAAUGUUCCUCAGCCACAUGCUAUCCUUUAUUACUCACAAAGAACCACAAAAGGCGGUUUUCUAAUAGCAGAAGCCACAGGAGUUUCUGACACUGCCCAUGGGUACCAAGAUACACCUGGUAUAUGGACAAAGGAGCAAGUUGAGGCCUGGAAACCAAUUGUAAGUGCAGUCCAUGCCAAAGGAGGAAUCUUCUUUUGUCAACUUUGGCAUACAGGGAGGGUUUCCAGCAAAGAUUUUCAGCCCAAUGGACAGGCUCCUAUCUCCAGCACAGACAAGACAUUAAAACCGCAAAUUAGUACUGAUGACGGGGCUGUUGCACAAUUUCCACCACCACGGCAGCUGAUGACAGAUGAAAUUCCACAAAUUGUUAACGAUUUCCGGAUUGCUGCUAGAAAUGCUGUUGAAGCUGGAUUUGAUGGGGUUGAGAUCCAUGGAGCUCAUGGCUAUCUAAUUGACCAGUUUAGGAAAGACCAAAUCAAUGAUCGAACUGACCAAUACGGAGGAUCUUUAGAGAAUCGUUGUAGAUUUGCACUAGAAGUAGUUGAAGCGGUUGUAAAUGAGAUAGGGUCUGACAGAGUCGGAGUAAGACUUUCCCCUUUUGCUAACUACUUGGAUUCAGGAGACUCAAAUCCAAGUGCUUUGGGACUUUACAUGGUUGAAUCCUUGAACAAGUAUGGCAUUGCUUACUGCCACAUGGUUGAGCCAAGAAUGAAAACAGUUGGUGAAAAAGUUGAAUGUCCUGAAAGCCUGGUACCAAUGAGGGAGGCAUUUAAAGGUACUUUUGUGGUAGCUGGUGGUUACGAUAGAGGAGAUGGAAACAAAGCUGUGGAUGAAGACCGAGCUGAUCUUGUUGCAUAUGGACGUCUUUUCAUAGCUAAUCCAGAUUUACCAAGGAGGUUUGAGCUCAAUGCACCUCUCAACAAGUAUAACAGGGAUACAUUCUAUACAUCUGAUCCUCAUGUUGGUUAUACUGACUAUUCAUUUCUAUAAACCAGAACAAGAUGCAUGGAAGCAUUGGAUAUCUUUUUUUUUUUUUUUUCUUUUUUCUUUUGGUUGUAAGGGGAGAGGGGUUUGUCAGAUACUUCAUAUGUCUCACAUAAUAUGUGAUCUAUUGAUAGAUCACUAGCAUUUUCUGCACUUGAAUUAUGUAUGGUUUUUUCA